GGGAGUUGUUAAUCGAUGAAAUCCAUCAUAUAAAUCAAAAAGUAACUUUUGAAUUUUUUAUUAGUUAUGACUUAUUGCAUUUCAACGAUAAUGUUUCUUACGUCUUUUUGCAUUUCAGUUGACGAUAUGUACGUACAUACUUUCUUAAAAACACUCACCCUACACUUGUGGACAGCUAGCGAACAGUUCUCGAAGGGGUAGAUUUUCCCGAAGCAAGCGAAGAAAUGUCUAGAUGUGUGCGUGCAGAACUACAGCUGAGCAGGGUGCAAAUAUGUAUACAUUCACCAUAUUUACGUUGACCAACUGUGUCUAACACGUGCUCAACGUUUAAUCAAUACAAACGUGAAACAAUAACAAAACGAAGCACUGGGCUAUUAGUAAUAAAGCCGGGCUGAUUGGCCAAGGGUUGAUAGAGAACGUAAACAAAGGCGACACAAGCGAGUUACCAAACAACUUGUAAAAUGGCCAAAACAAAGCAUAGGAGGACACCUGCUGGUGACGCGCUCAGAAACGAUUUGGUAGCCAAACAGAGGUGAUGUUUGUCAAAAGCGAUAAAGGCUGACAUUACAAAAAAAAAAAAAUUAUAAAUAAAAAUUAAAAAUAUUGGAGAAAAAUUAAUUUCUGAUUUCGCUUCUUAACUUAAUUUGCUAAGCACUCGGAAUUCUUAAAAAAAAACUGAAAAUUAAAUAAAAAGUGAAAAACCAUCAGUUCUGCAUGUGCUUGGACUGUGUAGCAUGGAUUUGUGCCUGCGGGGGUCGCAGAUAAAUUUAGUUGAACGUCAGAAACCGCGUCCCAAAUAUAACUCUCAAACAAAUCUAUACAACACGAGUGCCAAUAACAGCCACAACGGCAGUAGCAGUCGCCUCAACAACUCCAACAUCCGCACACGUCCACGUUCGGCACAAUUCUUCACGAAACGCAGUCGCUCUUCACCUUUUCUCAAUCGUCCACAAUCGGCAGAGCCCUGCCAAUUUAGCGCUGCUAGCGGCAUCGGUGUUGGGCGCGCGUUAGGCAGUAAUUCCGGUCAAUACUGUGACCGUGGUGGCGAGUACGCGGCCGAUAAGUUUAGCAAAAAUAAGCGCUACCAGUCGAUUUCUUCGUCAAAUUUACUGAAGCUCCUGCUAGAUGAGCCGAUAAAGCGGUCCUGGCUUUUCCGUGGUAGUGUUUCCUCGCCAGAAACGCAAUCAGAACAGAGUAGCGCCAGGAAGUACGCGCCAACUCCCACAGUUGGUAGCAGUGUGGAGAUCGAGAAGUUGAGAAAGCAGCAGCAAGUGAGUGGAGAGAAUAAUAGAUUCAGUAUGAGUGCUUCAACUUCGCGCCUCUCUAGCGCCACUUCCGCUUCGAGUUAUUCACGCGAGAAGUCGGCCGCUUCCACUGCCUCAACCACAUCGCUGCGCGCUAUGGACUAUUGGCAUACAGGCACUGCAUCAAUGCUACAAAACCAAUCCAAGCCCGAUCUGCCAGGGCGUGUGUCUUUCUCUAAACCCAAUACCACUACACAGUAUGAACCGAAUCUCAGUCUCAGCGACUGUGAGAACGAUAAACAGAAGACAUGUGAUUUUUCGGCCGCUUCUAACCGAUCUCAAGUUGAGAGCUCCAUUUCUGCGCCUGGACCUGCAACUCUGCCAGCUGGCAAUAGCUUUAGCACAAAACCCGAAUUCGUGGCACCAACUGUGUCUUCUGCUGAACUUUCUACUGCAGCGGGCGCUAAAAAGUCGGUGCAUUUUGGCGCAACUGCCGGUGGGGAAGGUAUACUCGCUGAGACUUAUGAAUACCCCAAGUGUCCGUCAGAGAAUUGUUCUUGUAGUACGCGUAGCUCAUCGACAGCGAGUAGCACACAAGACGUUGUUACGGACGCGAAGUGCGCGUGUGACUCGCCGACUUGUAAAUUUAGUGCAGAGCGUAUGUUGAGGAGAACAAGUGUGACUGGUGCUGAGGAUAAACUUGAUUUUUCACUUAAGGAUGGCGCACCGAAGCAGUGCUCGCCUACAGAGGAACUCAAAGUGAUACGCGAUUAUAAGAGCGUCGUUGGUGAUCAGCUGGAAAACUCAGUUGUCAAACAGAUACUUGAAGAGGACAAAACAAAAUUUGUUGGCUAUGAAAGCUCUAAUAACACACGUGAAAUGUCAACGUACUUGGAUAAGUACGUCUCGCCAACUAAGACGAAUGUUUAUUCAGAUAAGCCCAAUAAUUUAUCUGAAGCGAAGCAGUCAACGAAUUUCAAAAGUGGCACAAAAAAGAAUUUAGCCAGCAGCACUGCCAACGAGCUCAAUAAGAUGGAUAAUAAUUUGGAAAGCAAUUUGAACAGAAAUACUUCGUACGCUGGCACUAGUGAAACAGUCAUCAAUAAUUACCUAAAAGUAGCUGCGACCACACCGCUAAUGACCAAGAAAAAAGAGAAUAAUCGCCCAGACUGUGGCGAUAAACAGCCGCAAGUGAAUGGCAAGAAGCCGCCAACAACAGCAUCUACGAACAACAAUCAGCCGCCGAAGGGUAAACGUAAUGGCAAUGCUAAGCUGAAGAAAUCAACCAGCUUUGGUAGUCUCCGUGAGGAUUCCAGCCUGACUGAGUUCAAUAUAGACAAGGUGGAUAGCUGGAUGUCCAUGUAUGGUGAGAGCAUGCAAGAUCGCAAAACUUUGGGGAAACACAAGUCGCUGGAAGCAGAUUUUGAUAAACUAACAGGAGAGCUCAGCGGCGGAAAUGGUUUAGACUUAGGUGCCCAAGAAGACGAUGAGCAGGCGCAGCAUAACGGGGACGAGCCUGGCGAUAGUGGAUCACAAGUGUCUACGCGAUCGGACGGAGAGUCCACGUAUGAUGAAAUCGUGUCGGUUAUUAAAGAGAUCGAUGAGGACAAAAAGAAAGAUAACUACGCUGAAAGGGCGGCUAAUGAGUUGGAGCUUAAGCUGAAUACACAACCCGAUACGGUGACUUUGCCUUCGACACGUAGCGAGCUGACUAACAACGAUACGUCUAAGUCGCCGGAUAAGUACACGGACAUACUUAAUUAUUUGGAUAAUGUAGAAGAUAGUUGCGAUCGCACUUUACUCGAAACGCGUCGCUCUAUACCGGAAUCAAAUCGCUCUGAAAUGGAAUUUGUCGUGGAACCCGAUAUAGCCGAGGAUGUGCCUAAACUAGCCGAUCUACUCAUGCUGCCCAAUCAUCAGCUCGCACGUCGUGUCAUUGCGUUGAGUUUGCGCGCCAACGAGCUCGCCAAUGCCGUUUACCUUUCCAAAGAGCAUGUGAUAAAAGUACGCACUGAGAAACAGAAAUGUAUACGAACUGAGAAGGCGCAUGCAGCAAAUCGCAUGCGUGAACAGAAGAAGCAUUACGAGACAAUUGUGAAGCGCCAUCAGGGCUUUAUAGAGCAGCUGCUUAAGGAUAAAGGCUCGUUGUGUGAGAAAGUUGCGGCGCUCACACGUCGCUUGGAGAGUCAAAAUCAAGCAUGGGAGCACAAGCUGGAAGCGGAGGUAGCGCGAGUGAAGGAAGUUACGUUGGCUGGUGAGAAAAUCCGACGCGAGCGCUGGGUGCGCGAAAAUACAAAGAAAAUUAAGGAACUCACAGUGAAAGGUCUAGAAACGGAAAUCAAUAAAAUGACUUGCAAUCAUCAGCGCGAAGUAACUGAGCUCAAGCAGGCUCAUCAAUAUCAACUGCUGAAUGCAUUAGAGGAGGCGCGUUUAAAGCAUGAGCAAAUUGAGAAUUCCAUACGUGAGUCGUGCGCACAAGACCGUGAGUCGAUUAUAGAGAAAGAGCGGCUCGCGAUACGCGAGAGAUUCGAGCGGCAAUUGGAGGAGGAGCGCAAAUGUUUCGAUGAGCAGCGCCACAAGCUAAUUGAAGAAUUCGCCGCUGAGCGCGAGCGGCUACACCAAGAGCUAAAGGCAAAGGACGCGGAUUAUCAAGCACGUCGUCAUGAGUUGCAGCGCGAAAAGGAAAUGGAGUUAGAGCAAACAGUCGCCGAGUUGCAGGAUAAAAUGUUCAAGCAGGAGGAGAAGUAUCAGAACCGCAUCAAUACCAUCGAAAAGCAGUACGAAGCAGAUUUUAAGCUGUGGAAACGCGACUAUGAGAACGAGUGCAAGGUGAGGCAAGUGGAGAAAGAGAAUACAAUUAGGCAACACUAUCGCACCGAGCGUGAUCGUCAAAUCGAUGCGAUAGUCAAUCGUAUGGAUUCAGAGGCACUCAAAAAUGCCGAGGAGUAUGAGGCGAAAUUGAAUCGUUUGAAGGAGAAAUACGAAAAGGAUUUGGAGCUAGUCGAUAAUGCUGAACGUGUGUUGCGUGAGAAAUUUACAGAGACGCGUAGCUCCUUAGCGGAGGCGGAUGCGCAAGUGCGGAACUCAGAGGCGGAAAUUAAGCAGUUGAAAAUGGAGUUGGAGCAUAGUAAGAAGAUGUGCAACGACUUCCUGGCGGAACGUGAUCAACUUCGUGAUAAUUUACGCAAUGAAGUGCAGAGCGAGGUAUCGGCCGUAAAAAUGGAGCGUGACAAUGAGAUACAAAAGAUACAUAAAAGGGUACAACAAGCAAUUGAGAAAAAGGAUGCCACCAUCGAUUUGCUGCAAAAAGAGAAUGGCAGCUUGCGUGAGCGUUGUCUUAAAUUGGAGACGGUUAUCAGGCAGCAAAGAAAGGACUAUUGUGUGAAGUAGGGAAGUUAUACGGAAUAAAAUAACUCACGAGAUUACUUCCAAAGCAUAUUAUAGUUAGAGGAAAGAAAAUAUAUUCAUUGAAAAGGGAAAUUACGAUAAAAAAGAACUGAAAAUGAAGUUUGAAAAAUAUUUACUGCUUACGGAAUGCACUGCAUGCCACUGAAGAAAGAAAAGAAAAAUAACGCGUUGGAUAAUCUCUAAAGAAGUAGAUUUAAGAUUUUU